AUGGCUUCGACCAACAACGUGCCUACAUUCGACGGAUUCGAUGUGUCAACGGAGCAAUUUUCCUCAUGGGCUGAAAGACUGGAAAAUCAUCUCAGCCUACACGACGUGUCAAACGAGGAAAAGAGAAAGAACGCAGUCAUAUCGUGGAUGGGAGCUGAUGCCUACCGGAAACUCAUGGACAGAGUGCAACCCGAGAGGAAGCCAAAAGAUCUCAGUUUCGUGGAAAUCGUUGAAGUUCUCCGAAAGGUCUACGAACCAUUGAAAAACAAAUGGUCUUCUCGCAGCGCAUUCAGGAAGGUCCGUCAGUCGGCAGGUGAAUCCCUAAGCACUUUCGAAAAUCGGCUUCGUCACGCCGCAGUCGAUUGUCAUUUCUCAGCGGACCAACUCCAGGAGAGAUUGAUAGAACAAUUCACUGAAGGUCUUGAAGACAAGCAAAUCAUGCAGAAAAUUCUCAUGAAAGAAGGAGAUUUCACCAAGUUGGCAGAAGUUUCCCUGCUAGCUAACACGUUCCUGUCGAUCAGGAAAGCAACGAGCGCAAUCCACGACAAUGGAUCUGCGCAACAAGACGUGAAUAAAAUCUCGACUCGUGGAUUCCGGAAGAAAACGUAUCAAAAACCCCUGAGAAAGAACUCUGAAUACCCUGCAAGCUCAAAUCAACCGGGGUGCUACAGAUGCGGAGACAAAGGUCAUUCGGCGAAAACUUGCCGAUACCAAGGUGUGAAGUGCGCUGGGUGCGGACUAGUCGGUCACCUGAAAAAAGCGUGCCGACGGACCACUCUCUCGAAUCAAAACUAUCUCGAGGAGGUCCCAUUUCGCUAUGUCAACUCGAAGGACCCAAUUCGAGUUGAAGUGGAUAUUGAGCAACACGCACUUCAAAUGGAGAUCGACACAGGGAGUGGGAUUUCCACGAUGCCCCUUAAGACAUUCAGAAGAAUCGCUCCCCAACAUGAACUUCACGAGAAUAAUAUUCAACUACGAAGCGCGACUGGAGAAAUAUUCCAACCGCAUUCCUUUGCCAACGUCAGCGUCGUCUACGGAGACCAGGAAAAAUCACUACGACUAUAUCUCAUGGAGAAUGACAAAUUCCCUGAGUUGAUAGGUCGCGACUGGCUCCGUGAACUCCCAUUGCAUUGGUCUAAACUGCUGACAGGCGAAAAUAAGGUACAUCAUCUGAACGCUUCAAAUCAAAAUAGCAGCUACGGAGCCUCAGAUACAGAGGACUUCAAAAGCAAAGCCCGGAAAUUACUCGGGAAGUACGAGAAUCUCACGAAACCGGGCAUAGGAUGUAUCCCGAAUAGCGAGGCGAGACUGGAACUGACAUCGGAGGAUCCAGCGCCAUAUACCUCAGGCGCUCAUCAACCGGCUGAAGCCUUGAUCGAAAAAACCAACAAGGAGCUCGACUUCCUAGAAGAAUACGGAGUAAUCACCAAAGUGAACACAAGCGAAUGGAGCCAUCCGAUGUGUGUCGUUCCCAGAGCGAAAGGCAAGAAGGUCAGGAUCUGUGGGAACUUCAAAGCAGGAAUAAAUCGUCACAUAAAGAUAGACUCCCAUCCUCUCAAGAACAUCAGACAUGCGCUCGAUAACAUUGGGAAUGGGAAAACUUUCUCCAAGCUUGACGUAUUCUCUGCGUUCCUCCACCUGCCUGUUCGUGAAAAGGAUCGGAAGUACUUGAUUGUGAACACUCACAGAGGCUUAUACCAGUUCAACAGAAUGGCGAACGGCCUGUCCAAUGCCCCAGCGAUCUGGCAGAGGUUCAUCGAGGGUGUUCUCGCAGACAUUCCAGGUUGCGAGUGCGUAAUGGACGACAUUCUGGUUACUGGAGCCACGAACGAGGAGCAUCUACGGAGGCUUGACACAGUGUUCUCUCGUCUCAACGAGCACGACAUUCGCCUGAAUUCAGAAAAAUGUGUCUUCUUCGAAGAAUCGGUGACAUACUGCGGGUUCCUCAUCAAAAAUCAAGAAAUACAUAAAUGCGACGAUAAAGUCAAAGCGAUCCGCGAAGCGCCGUCACCCAAGAACGCAUCCGACUUGCGAUCAUUCCUCGGCAUCAUUCAAUUCUACUCAGGAUUCGCAGCACGUUUAGCUGAUUUGGCACACCCUUUGUACUCGUUGCUGAAAUCAAACGCUAAAUUCCUGUGGGAUUCGAGUAUGGAGAAAUCAUUCCAAGCCGUAAAGGAAGAACUUUGCUCGCCGAGGGUGUUGGUACCCUUCGAUCCGAAGCGACCACUGUUACUCGCCACCGAUGCUUCACCGUUCGGAAUUUCAGCUGUCUUGUCCCACCGCUAUCCGGAUAAAUCAGAGCGCCCGAUCGCGUAUUAUUCCCGGGUUCUAACAGACACCGAGAAAAAAUACAGCCAGAUUGACAAAGAAGCGCUCGGAAUCAAGACGGGCGUCGAAAGAUUUUUCUAUUACCUGUUCGGGCGACGAUUCGAGUUGAUAACCGACUCCAGACCACUCGUGCAGAUAUUCCAUCCUUCAAGAAACCUGCCUCCGCUGUCAGCAACCCGUAUGCAACAUUAUUCGAUCUACCUAUUGGCCUUCAACUUCGACAUCGUGUACAGAAAAUCAGAGAAGCAUGGGAAUGCAGACGCAUUGUCCCGACUGCCAGCAAGAAGUGAACGACUACAGGAGAUGGACGCUUCGGAUUGUUUCAUCGUAAACCUAAUCUCCGAAACCCCGUUACGUUUCGAAGAAAUAGUGCAGGAAACGAAAAGUGAUCCAGAAUUGAAACCACUCUUGAAGUUCUUCAGAGAGCCAAGGAGUUGCAAGGAUGCCCCGAGAUUCUUUGGCUUAGACGCGUGCGAGUUCAGUCUCCAUCAGGACUCAGCAUUACUCAGAGGCCAUCGUAUCGUCAUACCGAAAAACUGCCGAGAGCAGGUGCUCACGGAGUUGCAUGAAGGACACUACGGAGAACGCAAAAUGACGGAACUCGCCCGUCGCUUCGUCUGGUGGCCAAAUAUAUCCCAUGACAUAAAGGCGCUAUCCCGAUCGUGUCCCGCCUGCUUGGCAUGUGCUCGAAAUCCACCAAAAGAAGUCAUACAUAGCAGGAAACCGUGCAAAUUUCCCUUCGAGAGAAUUCAUCUGGAUUAUGCCGGCCCGAUCAAAGGGAAAUACAUCUUACUAAUUGUGGACGCUUUCAGCAAGUGGUUAGAAGCAUUCAUAACUAACGACAAAACGUCAAGUACGACUCUCAAACAUCUCAAGGAUACGAUUGCUCGUUUUGGGAUCCCAUCCGUAAUCGUAACGGAUAAUGACCCAACCUUCGUAUCCGAACAGAUGAAGAGAUUCUGCGCCACAAACGGAAUUCGGAAAAUGACUUCACCGCCAUUUCACCCCGCAUCAAACGGCCAAGUGGAACGCUACGUGGGCACCAUGAAAACAGCUCUCAAGAAAUUUUCGCUCGAAAAACAGGAUCUGGCCGAUAGUUUAGCUAGAUUUCUGUUUAGACAGCGAAUGGUUUCAAGCUCCUCAGGAGAAAGCCCCGCUUCCAUCAUGCUCGGUCGAGAACUGCGCUCGAGACUUGACCUCUUACGCGAACCAUCGUUGCCUAAACCGAUCGACGAGACAGAAUCGAAAUUCGCCAUCGGCGAACCAGUCAGCGUUAGAGACUACAGGUCUCGUCAUCAGAAAUGGACCUCGGGUCGAGUGAAGAAGAACUGCGGCUCUAGAAUCUGCGAAGUGUCGGUCCCAAGCGGUACAUGGAGAAGACACUACGAGCAGAUUCGAAAACGCACCGACAAAAACUCAGACACAAGUCAUGAACUCGACUGCUUGAUCGACUGUGAAAUUAACAUCCCGAAAGAAACCACAGGUCCCGAAGUUCCAGAAAUCGAAGGAACACCAUCAGAAUCUCAUGCAAGCAGAGACCAGCAAGCAACAAACCAAGAGGAACAACAUCCUUCGGAAGAGUCAAACGACGACUCCCCGGUGGGGGAAGAGGAACCACUAACAAACGAGAGUGCCCCCCAGAAGAACCAACAGAAGACUACCGUCAGAGAAUCUUCGAGACGAAACAAAGGAGUACCUCCGAAACGCUACGGAGACGAAGAUGAAAGUAAUUGUGGAAGCAUGUAA